AUGCGGAUGCUUGCUUAUGGAGUAUCUGCAGAUUUUGUGGAUGAUUACGUGCGGAUUGGUGAAAGCAUGACUAUUGAAAGUAGGGCUGAGCAUGGAUCUCAUAAUGAUAUUAACGUCUUGGAAAGGUCAAAUCUCUUUACUGAACUUACUGAAGGUCGUGCCCCUCCAGUUAAAUACUCUAUUAAUUCUCAUGAGUAUACGAUGGGAUAUUACCUUGCUGAUGGUAUAUACCCACAAUGGUCAACAUUUGUAAAAACAAUUUCUGCUCCACAAGGAAAUAAGAAGAAAAAUUUUGCACAAGCUCAAGAUUCAGCAAGAAAGGAUGCAGAGCGAGCAUUUAGGGUCCUCCAAGCACGCUUUGCAAUUGUGCAUGGACCAGCGCGAUUUUGGGAUCAAGAAGUACUAAAAGAUAUUAUGAAAGCAUGUAUCAUAAUGCAUAAUAUGAUCAUUGAAGACGAGCGAGAUAUUAAUCAAUGUGAUUUCAACUAUGAUGCAAUCGAUGAAAGUCCAACUAUAUCAUUGUCUCGUGAGCGCAUGUAG